ACUAAUUUUCUGUCCGGAAAGUAGACCAGGGACUGAUCUAUUUGAAAACAGCUUUUUGUUUAGCUUAACAGCUUCUGCCACGCGAUUAAUACAGAAGCUUAAUGACGACUGACUUAUGGGCUCUCCGACGGAACGUUGGUAGCAUCGAAGAAAGGAGAAAUCUGCGUCAACGCGACAAAUCAGCAGCCGUUCGCGUAAUCCUCGACAAAUGGGUGCAUCGCUUGAAAACGUUGAAUACACCUGGACCAAGGUUAACGGUAGAUGAGGAAUUAUUGCCUUAUCGUCUUCGGUGCCCAUUUGCUCAAUUUAUACCAUCGAAACCACACAAAUAUGGCAACAAACAUUGGAUCAAUAUACGAAAGAAUUGUUCUCCCGCGCACACUUCGUCCACAAUCGACUUCGCUGACUUUCACGCUGCGCGCACGUGUACGUGAACAAAACGUACAUGAUUUCAAAGGAGUAUGUUCAUUUCUUUAUGUCUUUUUAAGGUAUAGUAUUGCCUAAUUUUAUUACAUUUUAAAUUUAUUAGACUUUACCAAACUCUUUUAGAUCUGAAUUCAAAUUAUAUUUAUUGAAACCUUAUGGUUUGAGGGCAUUUAGGGAACAUUAAUUUUUGAAUUGCAGUACAUUUGAUCAACUUUUUGAGAGUACGUUUGUGCGCAGCGGCUACAUACAAUAAAUAUCUUCAACUUUUGAUUUUUGUAAGCUGUGGCUUGUGGAAGAGCUGCAUGCGGGGAGAUGUAUUGCUUUCGCCAUACAUACACUUUGUUGACGAAGCGAAAAAUAUUUCUUGCAAGUUCAACAAUGCGGCAUAUACAUACUUUGUCAUGGUAAUGUUGUACAUAUCUACGGAAAUGAAGACAUAUUAUGUACGUUGAAACAUAUAUAGCUAUUUCGUAUUAAAUGUUUUUAUUUUAAUAUUAGUUUAAUAUUUUAUAUAUUAUACAUGUGUAUGAGUGCAGGCGUGUAAAUAUGGGCAAUUAUAUGCAAUACCUAAAGCAUGCAUAAAGUCAUUCAAAGCCAAAUAACUUCAAAUAUUUCCAUUCAUUCAUAACUACAAGCCAUUCAAACUAUCAAUCACAAAAACAACUUCAUAUGCCCAGCUUGCUUUACUCAUCUGCGCACUUCUCUAUUCAGUAAAAUAUUCGAUAUAGGAAGAAGAAGUAUAAAUGCAGCAAAAACAACUACCGUAUAAAAACUUUCUUUCCUUCCACUCUUUAACAACAAACAGUUUUCUCAAGAGAAGUCAAAUUUUGCUCAAAAUAUGAAAUUGAUGUUCAACUCACGCCAAAGUGAAAACACAUACAUUCAAGCAUUUUAAUAUCAAUCACAAAAGUCAGAAAUUCUAGUUGAGCUGAAGCCAUAUCCAAAUACAUUCAAAGAUCCCUGACCCAUGCAUACACAAAAGUAUGCCAACUUCUUUUACCUGGUACUCGGAAUCAACCAGCAAAUCCUUUGCGACGAUUUAAAAUUUGGCAAUUUCAGAAAAUAGAACGCUAAUAAGAAACGAAAGAAUGAUUUGAAUCUGCGCAGCUUGGACAAAUAUCAAUUGACGCAAACCAUUGCGCUACUGAUCACUUUGAAGUUUCGUUAGGAUAUAUGGUAUUUAUUUAGAUCGCUGACAGCAGAAUUGACAAAAUCUCAAAUAAUAUUGAAAAAAAGUACUUGUAUAUAUGACCACAUUUAAUUCGACAUAUGAACUAUGAAGGAACAAGUGCAUUUGUAAUUUCGGUCAAACAUAGCGAGAACUCUAGAAUUUUUUAUUAAAAUAUAUUUAUAUUUUUGCAACUUUUUUCUUUAUAUCAAGUUUUU